AACAAACGCUUAUCGGGCUAUCACAAAUCAGCUACGCUCCAGUUCCGUAACCGUUUCUCACUUAAAACCUCACCACGGAAGCCGAGCCUAAAACCUCUCAGAGGCUGUGUUGCUCAGUGGAUGCCAGCUACCCUAUCAGCCAUGUCUUCAUUGAUAUUAAGAGCUUCAUGGGACACCCAACAGAGGCUUCCAUACAAUCCCAAUGCUCCCCGAAAUCCCAACAAAAAACCCUUAUCCCAACCCAACACUCUCCCUCCUACACCAUCGCCCCUAGCUUCACCAUCUAUCUCCUUAACUGCCCAAUCGGUAUCAAACCUUCUCAAGCGCAACACUAAAGCUCAAGGGGUUGUGACAAAAUUGGAGGACACUUAUUUAGGAUACGAGAGAUGGAUGCCAAGUCCACCAAAAGUGGAGAAGCCUCGAUCAGUUUAUAAUGCAGCAACUUUAGCAUAUAUUGGUGAUAGCAUAUAUGAGCUAUAUGCUCGCAGACACUUUUUGUUUCCUCCAUUGAGUAUUGAGGAACACAAUGAUCGUGUAAUGGCAGUAGUACGUUGUGAAGCACAGGAUGCAUUGCUCCAGAAGCUUCUUAACGAUAAUUGCCUAUCAGCUGAAGAAAGAGAUGUUCUUCGGUGGGGAAAGAAUGUUGGUUCAGCUAAAACGCGGACAAAAAAGCGUGCUGGAGCAGCAGUUUAUAACAGAGCAUCUUCACUGGAAACACUAGUUGGCUACUUGUACCUCACAAAUGUAAAUCGUUUGGAAGAAAUCAUGCUAAAGUUGGGGUUCUCAACUGGUUCAUCCGCGCAAAUGAUCCCGGAGGAAGUUGACGGUGAGCUGACAACAAUCUAGAGUGCACCUUUCAAAGUUGAACCAUACUAGCAACAUCUCUGUAUUCUAUGCUUAUGUUUCCAUGAGCUUCCUGCCAUUAUACGAUGGGAACACCCAGGGCAUGGCAUCAUUUGUUAAUGGUGCUAGUGCCCAUUAUAUCCAUCAUUCAUUUGUCCUGGUAAUAUUAUCCUUGUUUGGAGAAUCUCAGGCAAUGUUGUCUUGUAAUGAGAGGUGCGUACAAGGAAAUUUCAUUGAAAAUUCUGUUCCAACUAUGGUUUAAAAGUGCCUGGAGCAUUUAUCUA